AAACGUCGGGAAGCGUGGCUCCCACGAACGGGCGCUGGCACAUCCCCCUAGCUGCAACGUCGAAAGCAUCUUCCACACCUGUGAUAUUGAUAGUCAUACUUUGUUUUUCGAUAUUUUUUCUGCCAAAAGUGCAAAGACGAGCGCCAAGGGCGACAGCUGAAGAGCAAGAACAGAAAAAGAGCUGUCGCACGGUUUUCUACGGAACUCAUCUUGCUGAUAAUAUGAGCGCUGAGGGACACACUGCUGGAAGCGCCGCGGAGCGGAAAGUACCUGUUGCAGAUAAAAAGAUGCCGCGACCUCGUACACUGGUACUGCACUCGUACUUUCGGAGCUCCUGUGCGUGGAGAGUGAGAAUAGCUCUUGAGUUCAAGGGUCUGAAAUACUCAUUCAAAGAAGUGAACAUCAGGGAAGAUAUUCCCGAAGGCAAACAACAGCACACUGAUGAAUUCAGAGCGCUCAAUCCCUUAUCGCAAGUUCCAGUAUUGCAGGUUUUCGAGAACGGAGAGCUCGUUGGAAACCUGACGCAGAGUAUGGCAAUCAUGGAGUACAUCGACGAGACCUUCCCCGGACUGAAUAUGUUGCCGAAGGAUGCGAUUCAGAGAGCUCAAUGCAGAGCGAUCUGCCAACUCAUUGUCAGCGGCAUUCAACCCAUUCAGAACCUCGGCACCCUAAAUCAUCUGGAAGUCGAUCAACGGCAGGAAUGGGCUCGCUAUUUCAUCAACAAGGGGUUUGACGCCCUAGAGAGAAUACUAUCCGAUCGUGUAUUCGUAACGGGAUGUUGCAUAAGCGAACAUGUUACGAUAGCCGAUUUCUGCCUAGUACCUCAGGUUUAUAACGCGCGACGAUUUGGCGUUGACAUGUCGCGCUACCCGAAAAUCGUCGCAGUUGACUCGCAUUUGACAACGCUCGAACCUUUUAUAAAAUCACAUCCUUCAAAGCAGCCGGACUGUCCAGACUCCUUGCGGAAAGCCUAACAGUCCCUGAACUUCGUCCUCUGGUCCCUGUCGCCCUCUGAAGCGUGGGCAUCAACGGAUGCGUCGAGAAAUGUGUCCGGCAAUGUGGGAGUACUCUCUAAAAAGGCGAUCCCAUGCAAGGUGCUCGUGAAAAUUGAGAACGCGCGAAAACUUCUGCAAGAUCAACACCUAUCAGCUAGCGGUGUGAUACUCAAAGAUAUUCGUAAACUCCGUCCAUUGCCGGAGCCUGUGACGAAGAGCAGGGAGAGCGGGAGCAGCUCACCGAUUCACGAGCUCGAGGACGAGGACGAGCGGCUAGAAGACAGAAUGGGGAGGAGCGCGGAAGACCUCAAUGAGGGAGAGGAAGAGUUUGAUCUGCCCGAACCGACCUCGUUAUUGAUAGAUGAAGACGAUUAGUGCGGUG